AUGGAGAGGGUGGAAAGAGGGGUGAUGUGGAGGGAGUGUGGGGCACAAGGCAAAUUAAAGAACAGACCACGGGUGUUUUGGGGUUUGUGUAUUUGUGCAAGGACAUGGUGGGAGCCAACCCCAUUGGCUAUACUAUUCUAUGUUGGUCCUCAUCACGGCAACAUGGUCCCAAACUUGGACACAAUGGUGUGUGCACUUAGAGAUCAGUGUCUCAACAAUGCAGGGCUUCCCAUGUGGUCCUGCCUAAACCAUGACCACUAG